UAGAGUCUAUUGGCUCUCGAGGCGAGAACAGGAAAGGUACAGCUACUGCUUCAAGAUGUUGCGCUCCAUUCUGCAACGUACUGCUUUGAUAAGGGCAGCUUCAAAGCAUAACAUACCAACUGCUGCAGCUUUUUCGAAUGCUGCUAUUCCACAACCGAUUACAUCGCCCGACAUACACUAUACAGGGGUAUUCAUCAAUAAUGAAUUUCACAAAGCUGAAAGUGGCCGACAGUUCCCAACUGUCAACCCAGCAACAGGAGAAGUCAUUGCAAUGGUUGAAGAAGGAGAUAAAGCCGAUGUAGAGAAGGCUGUGAAGGCUGCUCGUAAAGCCUUUUCUCUGAACUCGGAAUGGAGGCAGAUGGAUGCCUAUGAUCGGGGCCAGCUGCUGUAUAGGCUGGCUGACCUGAUGGAGCGUGAUAGGGUCUACCUUGCUAGUCUGGAGACACUUGAUAAUGGCAAACCUUACACAAACUCAGUCAUGGUGGAUUUAGAGCUUUGUAUUCGCAAUCUUCGCUACUUUGCUGGCUGGGCUGACAAAAUUCAUGGAAAAACCAUUCCAACUGAUGGCCCUCACUUUGCAUACACACGACAUGAACCUGUUGGUGUUUGUGGCCAGAUCAUUCCAUGGAAUUUCCCACUCCUCAUGCAGGCAUGGAAGUUUGGACCAGCACUUGCUACAGGAAACACAAUUGUUAUGAAGCUAGCAGAACAGACCCCACUUUCUGGCCUGCAUGUGGCAAAAUUAGUGGCUGAGGCUGGAUUCCCACCUGGGGUGGUCAAUGUUAUCCCUGGUUUUGGCCCAUCUGCUGGGGCUGCAAUUGCCUCUCAUAUGGAUGUAGACAAAGUAGCCUUUACAGGAUCAACUGAGAUUGGUCAUCUUAUCCAACAAGCUGCUGGUGCUAGCAACUUGAAGCGAGUAACUCUGGAAUUGGGAGGCAAGAGUCCAAAUAUUAUUUUUAAAGAUGCUGACUUGGACUAUGCGGUUGAGCAAUCACACUUUGGUGUUUUCUUUAACCAGGGGCAGUGUUGCUGUGCUGGCACAAGGAUCUUUGUAGAAGAUGCAGUUUAUGAUGAAUUUGUGGAACGCAGUGUGGAACGUGCGAAAGUUCGUACAGUUGGUGAUCCUUUUGAUUUCAAAACUGAGCAGGGGCCACAGGUGGAUGGUGAACAAAUGGACAAAAUCUUGGAAAUGAUUGAUUCUGGCAAGAAGGAUGGUGCAAAGUUGGUUCAUGGAGGAGCCCGUGUUGGUGAAAAAGGCUAUUAUAUUGCUCCUACAGUGUUUGCAGAUGUGCAGGAUAAUAUGCGUAUUGCUACAGAAGAAAUUUUUGGGCCAGUGCAACAGAUUAUGAAGUUUAGUGAUGUCAGUGAGGUGAUUGAGCGUGCAAAUAAUACUUCUUAUGGACUAGCUGCUUCUGUGUUCACAAAGGAUUUGGACAAAGCAAACAUGUUUGCUCAAGGGCUGCGUGCAGGAACUGUAUGGAUCAAUUGCUAUGAUGUUUUGAAUGCUCAGACUCCCUUUGGAGGAUACAAGAUGUCAGGACAGGGGAGAGAGAACUCGGAGUAUGCUCUGCAGAACUACACAGAAGUGAAGUGUGUCAUUACCAAGUUGCCUGUCAAAAAUGCCUAAGCUCUAAAAAAAAUUACAAAAAUGAAAGUUUGAGCAUUCAUGUUCAGAAGGAAGUAAUAAGAGUUACAAGUAUAUAAUAUAUGUAAAGGGAAUCAUUUAAAAGAAAUGUUUCACAUUUUCUCUAAUUGAUUUCCUGAUCAGUUCAGAGUUUUACAUCAGUACAUGAUUACAGAUAAUGUUUUAAUGUACAUUUUUUUAUAACCAUUAGUUGACUGAAAAUAUUAGAUAAAUAAUUUGCAGCUUUAAUAAGAUUAACAACUUUAUACAAUUUUUACAAGAUGCUAGAAGAA